AUGCACCAGCCGCCCGAGUCCACGGCGGCUGCGGCCGCUGCAGACAUGAGUGCUAGGAAGAUGGCGCACCCGGCAAUGUUCCCUCGAAGGGGCAGCGGCGGGGGCAGCGCCUCCGCUCACGGUGCAGCAGGUACCGGCGUCGGUAGUAGUGCCCCAUCUGCCGAGGAUUUUCCGCCUCCGUCGCUGCUCCAACCGCCGCCUCCUGCAGCAUCUUCUCUGUCGGGACCACAGCCUCCGCCUCCACAAAGCCUGAACCUCCUUUCGCAGUCUCAGCUGCAGGCACAGCCUCUUGCGCCAGGCGGAACGCAGAUGAAAAAGAAAAGUGGCUUCCAGAUAACGAGUGUGACCCCGGCUCAGAUCUCCGCUAGCAUCAGCUCGAACAACAGCAUCGCAGAGGACACGGAGAGCUACGACGACCUGGAUGAGUCUCACACGGAAGAUCUGUCGUCUUCCGAGAUCCUUGAUGUGUCGCUUUCCAGGGCCACGGACUUAGGGGAGCCUGAACGCAGCUCCUCGGAAGAGACUCUCAAUAACUUCCAGGAAGCCGAGACACCUGGGGCGGUCUCUCCCAACCAGCCCCACCUUCCUCAGCCUCAUUUGCCUCACCUUCCACAACAGAACGUUGUGAUCAAUGGGAAUGCUCAUCCACACCCCCUCCAUCACCACCAUCCCAUUCAUGGCCACCACCUGCACCACGGGCCCCACCACCCAUCCCAUGCCGGUGUGGCCAGUACAUCCAUCCCUGGAGUGCCGCCCUCAAGCCCAGGGUCCAGAAAACUCUCGGCCGCGGGAAGCUCUGACGGUGUUAUGCCAGUUGCACCAACUUCUGCUGUAUCAUCGAGUGGCUCGCCGGCAUCUGUCAUGACUAGUAUCCGUGCUCCGAGUACUACCGGCAGCCUAGGUAUAAAUUCUGUUACAGGCACGAAUACAAUGAAUAACGUUAACAUCACCGCUGUGGGUAGUUUUCAUCCUGCUGUGACCAGCAGCAUGCUUGGUAACGCUAAUAUAAGUGUGAGCAGUAUCCCCAGUGCUGCUAGUGUGAGUGUCGGGCCUGCAGUGAGCAGCGGGGUUAAUGUGAAUAUCUUGAGUGGCAUGGGCAAUGGUACGAUUGCUUCCUCCGCGGCCCUUAACAGCGCUGCCAGUGUAGCUGCGGGCAUGACUGUGGGGUCCGUUUCGAGUCAGCAGCAACAGCCAGCCGUUAACACGUCCAGGUUCAGAGUCGUGAAGUUAGAUUCUACUUCUGAGCCUUUCAAAAAAGGUCGAUGGACUUGCACUGAGUUCUAUGAAAAAGAAAACGCCGCCAUACCCGCCACCGAAGGGGUGGUGGUAAAUAAGGUGGUGGAAAGUGUAAGACAAAACCCGACCGAAGCGACUUCCGAGAGGGAGAGCACGAGUGGGAGCUCCGUGAGCAGCAGCGUCAGCACACUGAGUCACUAUACGGAGAGUGUGGGCAGCGGAGAGAUGGGCACCCUGGCGGCCCCGCCGGUGCAGCCGCAGCCGCCCCCGACCCUUCCAGGGGUGGCCCUUCCACAGAUGGACUUCAGUGGCGCCGCUCCACAGGGCAUUUCAGCAGUUAGCAUCCCUCAGAGUAUUUCUCAGUCGCAGAUCUCGCAGGUACAGUUACCGUCUCAAGAACUGGGCUAUCAGCCUAAGCCAGGUCUUCAACCAGUACCUCUGCAAGCCGGUAUCCAGCCGUCACCUGUUGGCGUGGUGGGCGUCACUUCGGCUUUAGGUCAGCAACCUUCCAUCGCCAGCCUGGCUCAACCCCAACUGCCGUAUUCCCAGGCGGCCCCCCCAGUGCAAGCUCCCCUGCCAGGCGCGCCACCCCAACAGGUACAAUAUGGCCAGCCGGCGCCAGCUGUGGCCCCUCCGAUGGCCCCAAGCCACGGUACAUCAGUGACUCCGAACCCCGCCUCCGAGUAUGUUCAGCCCUCACCGCUUCUCCAAACAGCGGUGUCCUCUGGACAGCCCACUUCUGCAGGGGUGGCCCUGGGAGCCACGGUGAUUCCUAUGGCUCAGCCACAGAGCAUCCAGCUCCCAGUGCAGCCCGCGGCAGUCCAAGCACAACCUGCAGGGGCAACUGGCCAACCUGUUGGCAAGGCUCAUACGGCAGUAGCUGCUGUACCUCCCGGCAGUCAAAUCGCAAAUAUUGGUCAACAGACAAGCCUACCAUCGGCACUGCAGCAGCCUUCCACCCAAGUCACACCUUCAGUUAUCCAGCAAGGUGCUCCUCCGUCUUCACAGAUAGUGCCACCUGCUCCAGCUGCGAUCAUUCAUCAGGGAGUUCAGCCCAGCGCUUCAAGCCUUCCUCAACAACUGGUCAUUGCACCCCAGAGUACCCUGUUACCUGUGCCUCCCCAGCCACAGGGGGUCGAGUCGGUAGCUCCAGGAGUGGUUUCGAAGCAGUUGCCUGCAGUUAGUCCUUUGCCCUCUGCUAGUAGUAUUUCUGUUACGAAUCAGGUUAGUUCAGCUGGUCCUUCUGGACUGCCUUCUGCCCCGACAAACUUGGUUCCGUCACAGAAUAUAGCACAAGCCCCCGCCACUCAGAAUGGUAAUUUGGUUCAAAGUGUCAGUCAGCCUCCCUUGGUAGCAUCCAAUAUAAAUUUGCCUUUGGCACAACAGCUACCACUCAGUUCUGUUCAAUUCUCCGCACAAUCAUUAGCUCAGGCAAUUGGAAGCCAAAUCGAAGAUGCCAGGCGCCCAGCGGAACCCUCCUUAGUUGGCUUACCUCAGACCAUCAGUGGUGACAGUGGGGGAGUGUCAGCAGUUUCAGAUGGCAGUAGCAGCAGCCUUGCAGCCUCUGCUUCUCUUUUCCCGUUGAAGGUGCUACCGCUGACGACACCCUUGGUGGAUGGCGAGGAUGAGAGCUCAUCUGGUGCAAGCGUGGUAGCUAUUGACAACAAAAUCGAGCAAGCUAUGGAUCUGGUGAAAAGCCAUUUGAUGUAUGCGGUUAGAGAGGAAGUGGAGGUCCUCAAGGAACAGAUCAAGGAACUCAUAGAGAAAAAUUCCCAGCUGGAGCAGGAGAACAAUCUGCUGAAGACACUGGCCAGUCCUGAGCAGCUUGCCCAGUUCCAGGCCCAGCUGCAGACUGGCUCGCCCCCUGCCACCACACAGCCACAGGGGACCACACAGCCCCCGGCCCAGCCAGCGUCCCAGGGCUCAGGACCAACCGCGUAG